AGAGGCCAUUUUGUGCCGGCUCAGCAAUCUUUACACCGCGCACACUCGUGAGAGCUCAUCUGGAUAAAUAGAGUGAACGCACAUGUUACAGCCCCGGCCGGCUCUGGUACCGGCAUCUGUGAGCCUCCAAUCUUGGCACCUUUAUUUAUUGAACCCGUCUGCACUGAAGAACUGAUGGAGCGGCCGGGUUGGACCGGGACCGCUGUGGAUUGCCGUCAGCUGCGGUGCCCUUGUGCCAGUUAACUUGACUGAAGCAGACGCACACUUCCAUUACAGCAGAUUGAAGGCUCCACUGGGCCGUGUAGGGGGUAAUGUGUGAGUUAUACGGCCUGGGCUGGCAGGGAUUUAUGCAUUAGCUUAACCCAUUAAUACCAGCACAGGAUCAAUAUAUCAUCUGGUUAUUUAUUUAUUUUUAUUUAGCUCUUCUGAUGCACUAGACGCCAAAUUGCUGUAUUAUAGUGUUUGAAUUUCCCAAAGAAUAACUGAUUAUAUUAAAUUGUGUGUCAUGUGUCACCACUUAGACUCUGAUCACUUGUGGGUCAUAUCUCAAGCGAAACAGCGUAUGAACAAAUGUGCAAGACGGUCUGAAUAAUUCACGCGAUUUGAAACAAUAAAUCUUAAUUUUAAUUUUAACUUCAUUUAAUCAUAAGUUUUAUCUUUAAGAGAAGUUGACUUGUAAACCGUUAGAAGGCUAUUGCUGUGUUAUUAAAGGCACCACUGGCGGCUGAACGUCAGCCAAAGUCAUGACGCGACUCUUCACCACUGAUGGAGCCUCCCCCGUGCCUCCGCGCGCCUCGCGCCUGAGACACGCGCGCACUCCCGUCCGCACGCGCCUGCUCCCUUUCCUCCCUUUCCUCCCUCUCCUCUGGGUAACGCGGAGUUUCGUGGAAAAUUGUUUCUGGUUUCUUCAUGGACUUUUAUUGGAUCAAAUCGACGUCGCGCGUCCCGGUCGUGCGCACUUCACUUCGAGCUGCGCCAGUUUCUUGGCGCUGUCCACACUUGUCUGCGCGUCAUUAGAGCACAGCGGGGCUGACGCCGGUGGUUUUAUUCACAAAAGAAGUAGGAGUUGAUGAAGUUUUUUUUAACCCCAGAACCGCUGUUUUGUUCUCGUUUCCGCUGGAUUUAUUACCGUAACUGUUUGAAGAUCACGGCUGAGGCGGCGCUAUGAAGAGCCCGGCUCCUCUUGUGGUGCGCUAUAAAAACACGGAGCAGCAUUGGCCUCUGGCCAAUAAACAUCCAGCCUUUAAAAUGCUGGUCUAAGCGUUUCGUGUAUUUCUUAUUGCUGCUCAACUUUUAAUUAAACAUUCGGAUGAGGUGUUUCUUUUCGACCGUACAAAAACACAAGAGCAGUUUGAAGCGAGAGGUUUCACAGCGCACAAAGAAUUGUAAUUACUUUGAAUCUGACUUUACUCAGAACGUUGGUUUUUGUGGAGGACUGUGUAAGGAAAUACCAAGUUUGUUCGGCCGCGUAGAAAGGAGAUGCUUCCCAACAUUCAUCUCCUGCUCUUCAUUCUCUCUCUCACAUGCAACAGGGCAGAGAAUGCAGAGGAGCGGCUGGUGAACUACCUGCUGGGGCCACAGCGCUACAACAAACUCAUCAGACCCGCUGUCAAUAAGAGCCAGCAAGUGACCAUCUCCUUCCAGGUGUCCUUGUCUCAGCUCAUCAGUGUGAAUGAACGGGAACAGAUAAUGACGACCAACGUGUGGCUGUUCCAGGAGUGGAAUGACUACAGGCUGCGCUGGGACCCGGACAAGUAUGACGGCAUCAAGAAGCUGCGCAUUCCGUCCAAGCACAUCUGGCUUCCUGACAUAGUGCUCUACAACAACGCCGACGGCGUCUACGAGGUCUCCUUCUACUGCAACGCGGUGGUCUCCAACACCGGCGACAUCUUCUGGCUCCCGCCGGCCAUCUACAAGUCGGCCUGCGCCAUCGAGGUGCAGAACUUCCCCUUCGACCAGCAGAACUGCACGCUCAAGUUCCGCUCCUGGACCUACGAGCGCACGGAGGUGGACGUGACGCUCGCCAGCGACUUCGCCAGCCGCGACGACUUCACGCCCAGCGGCGAGUGGGACAUCGUCUCGCUGCCGGCGCGCAGGAACGAGGACCCCGGCGACGCCGCCUACCUGGACGUCACCUACGACUUCGUGAUCCGCAGGAAGCCGCUGUUCUACACCAUCAACAUGAUCAUCCCGUGCGUGCUCAUCACCUCGCUGGCCAUCCUGGUCUUCUACCUGCCGUCGGACUGCGGCGAGAAGAUGACGCUGUGCAUCUCGGUGCUGCUGGCGCUCACCGUGUUCCUGCUGCUGAUCUCCAAGAUCGUGCCGCCCACCUCCCUGGCCGUGCCGCUCAUAGGUAAAUACUUGAUGUUCACCAUGGUGCUGGUCACCUUCUCCAUCGUGAGCACCGUGUGCGUCCUCAACGUGCACCACCGCUCCCCGUCCACUCACCACAUGCCGGACUGGGUCAAGCACCUCUUCCUGGUCCGACUCCCCAGGUUCCUCCUCAUGAGGCGCCCGGGGGCCUCCAGCGUCCGCGAUAAGCUCCGCCGGAAGUACGCCGACUGGAGCAGCGCUGGGAGGAGGGUUUCCCAGACUGGGAGGGAGACCAGACAGUACGCUAACAUCAGACUGGGCGGCAUCCGACCAGACACGGACAGCUUCUACGUCAACGAGGAUCUGGCCCCGAAGUUUUGCUGGAAGAUGGGAGACAUUCCGGACGCGGGCGGCGGGUUGGCGGACUUCCAAAGGUCUGUGGCGCUCCAGUCGGACGCGGAUCUAGAGGAGGCGGUGGAUGGAGUGAGAUACAUCGCUGAACACAUGAAGACCGAGGAUGACGAUGAAGGGAUCAUCGAAGACUGGAAGUACGUCGCCAUGGUGAUAGACCGUCUGUUCCUGUGGAUCUUCAUCCUGGUGUGCGUGGUGGGAACGCUGGGCCUUUUCAUGCAGCCGCUGUUCCAGAGCUACAACGCACCCGCCGCUGAUGACACUGAGUUUGGCGACUUCUAGGACGUGCGACUCGCGAGGAGCAUCUGAAGGGCGAGACCCCUGAGGCAGGUCCGGUUCUGAUCCGGUGAGAGAUAAGAGUUCAUGGAGCUUAAAGACAGAGGAUUCAUAUGUUAGGCUUUUAUUUUGGACUGCAUGACGCCUAUUUCUGAUGGGCGAUGCGUCCGUCCAGUCUUCACCACCAUCACAAGCCUGAAAGUCCUACUGCUGCAACGUGACAACUUAGUUCGGCCCCUUUUCCAGCGUUUGAGUUUCACAAAGCUCCGGAUUCGUCGUGAACCGACUGUGCUGCUGUUGGUUGUUGUUUCUUUUAGUUUGUGAAACUAUCAAUGCACCGUCUCUCUUGCUCUGUCUCCUUCUUGGCUGUUCACUUGUCUUUACUUGCGUUUUCCUUGCCAAAAUGUAAGAAUGCUAUUAAAAGUCAGCUAAAAUGAAAACGGAGACCAAAUUUUAAAAAUUGAACAGGUCUCUAUAAGCACUUCCCUCUUUGUUUUCUCUACUAUUUAGGAGGAAACGGCCGAUAACUGGCACAGCUGCCUUAAACCUGACUCUGUGUCCGGUCAAAGGAUUUGUUACGACGCAAAAUAAAGUGUAGUAGCACAUGCUGACAAAGAGCUUGACACUUACAGUAUCUGAAUGCAACAUGUCAAAUAAAAAGCUGUGAUUUUUUACGCGGAGGUUGUUAAAGUUUUAGGUGUUGUCAUUCAGCCGCAGAUCCUGAAAGAACAGAUCUAUGGAUCAAACGUCUGUAAAUCAUUUCAAGGUCGGUUUCUCAGAUGUUGCCCUUCAUGUUGUUGACAUUUAAUGGACAGUUGGGCUGUUUGUAUUCACAUGGUUGGGCCGUGACCCAGCUCCUUUCUAACACGUUGCCAUUUGUGUUCCUUCUCAAAAGCAUGAAUAAAUAGAGUCCCUGCAAAUUGUAUACAACUGCACAAGUUGUUGUCACAGUCACCAGCUUCAUAAACCUCUCACAAAAGCCGGUAAACAACCGUGAGCAUUGCUCUGAACCCAGCGGUGACAGCAACAGUUCGGUGUUUGAAGGUGAAUAUAUUAUACGUGAACGUCUGUCACAGUAAGAGAAGGAAGGGAGAGACUAUUAGUGGAAGAGAAAGCGACGAGUAGCUCUGGUGACACUUUUGCUUCCUGACAGUUCAGGAAGAAAGGAGGUGUCCAGCGCCAGACGAGGUCGUCGGGAAGGGGUGAAAAUAUUUUUAUACUUCAAAGUUGGCACAAUAACACUAAUAUGUCAUUUGUGACGUGUUUCAUGUCAGUGACCUAAAAUAAAAAAAAAGCCUGGUUUCUUCAUGUGUUGAUCAAACUGCUCAGAGAGCGUGAGAGUGAGAGCGAGUCAUGUGUGAAAGCCUAUAAAUAACAUAGAUAAGCAAGGUGUUAUGUAUUUAUAUGAUAUAUUUGUCAUAUGUUCUGGUGUGUAGAAUGUGUGGAUCCUAUUUUUUUUUUCGACAUAGACACACUUGACAUAUGUGACUAUCAGAGCGUGGCAGGAAACACAUUUUACAUUUGCACCAGGAUGAGAUCAAAUCAUUCAUUAUUCCCUGCCUGAAAUUAAUCUGUUUUAUUUACUGGCACAAUUCACCCAGUGUGGCUGAUUACAUUUCCAAGAUUUCUCAAGGUGUUCCACCCAGUUAAGGUGGAUUAGCCGAGUCUCAAUGUGAACACCUACCACUCUGCUGAUCCGUGUUGACAGCAGCCUGGAUCUGCUUCCAACCAUCAGUCAAACUGUUGUUUGGAAAUAAUCUCGGACAGAAAUAGGUUGAUGACUCAGUUUAACUUGCCGCUGUAGUUCUGCUGGAUGUCGAGAGCAAACAGUCAACAUAUGCAUACGCAUGCAUUCUUUAGUGCAUGGAUGGUAAAAGUGCCUAACUUGUAUUUGGGGUAAUUGUGCCAGUACAACGCAGCUGGGAUACGCUCUAAAAUCCCCUCGACCCUUUGGAGGACAAGCAUUUCUGAUAACGGAUGGAUGAAGCCCAAGUGCCACUAAUAACAUACAGGAAUGAACUGAAUUGUGAUGGUUUAGUAUCAUGGUCACCACUAGAUGGCAGCACUGGCUCACUGAAGCUGAAACUGGAGUCUCCAGAGCAGCUAAGGGUUUUGAGGAGGCCACAGAAGACCAGUAUAAUCACACACAGCGGGCUUUAACACAGCCCGUCUCCACAGCCUUGGGCUGAUGUCUUGCAAAGAGAAAAAGUGAGUUUGACUUUGACAACUGGGUCAGAACAUCUGUUAAUCAGCAGGCCCUCUGUGUUCUUCAUGUCCCAAUGAUGGACUGAGGAAGGACCAUGCUGACUACACUCCACUGGCUAAAGUGCUGCCAACUGCUCUGAGAAUGUUGGCGCCACAUCCCACAGUGCACCUUCAAUGUUACACAAUGUUCAGCAGCGGUGAUCAGUGAAGGUAUGGCAAUGAUGAGGCUAAGUUGAAUUGUUCAAGCAGUUCAAUCAGUCAGUCUUUAUCAACAUCUUUUCAGUCAUAUGCUUAUUCUAAACCACAUUGUGCCAAAAAAAUACAUUAAAAUAAUAUUUUUAAGCAGCAUUGUUAAAGCUGAUGUUACAUUUUGCACAUCUGUAUGCACAAGUUCAACA